ACCAGGCUGGCGGUAAACCGGGGGAUCGGAACGUUUUCCUGUGUAUUUUACACAUUAAUACACGCGCUUUUAUUUGGAAGUUUUCUGAAUACAUAAUAGACGUUUGUUGUAUACUGAGUAGGUUAGAUCACAACCCAAGGGACUUAAUACAAACACGGCGGACUUAAUAUGGUCUGAUUGUACACACAGAUCCAUGUCACCUGGUUCACACACCGGGGUACUCUGACAGGGGGAAAACUGGUGUUGGACAACAAGUAAUUGCACCUCCCCAGUGGAACCGCCGUGCUAGGGAACAGUACGUGUAUAGUUUGUUUGGUAGAAAGGGAUUCUUGAAUGCGCAACAUUUGGAGUCCCAUUGCCUGAAGCAGGUGCUCGGUUUUAAUGAGUAAUGAUUUGGUUAUUGUGUUGAAUAAUCUUGCUUCGCAUCUUCAAGUGUUGUUUCUGAAUUGUGAACAUGAUGAGAGUUAUGACAACCAUACUGAUGGUAAUGACCGUUCUGGUAGUGGUCUUGGUGAUGGACACAAACGCCCAGGAUCGGAGGCGACAGCGGUAUUCAUGGCAACAAGAUAGGAGUAGAAGGCAGCAAGUCAGAGGGCCUAAUGUGUGCGGCUACACCACGCCCUACUGUUGCAAAGGCUGGACCAGAGCAGUCAACAGCUACCGGUGUAUCAAACCAAUUUGUGUACGAGACUGUGAUGGAGGGAUCUGCAUGCGUCCUGACCAGUGUCUUUGUCCGACUGGGAAUAUUUCUCCUGUAUGUCAAACCAAACCUAUAUGUACUCAACGCUGUUUGAAUGGAGGUCGCUGUGUUGUAAAUGAUCGUUGCUCUUGUAGCCCUGGAUUUUCUGGUCGUAGAUGUGAACAUGAUUACAGAACUGGACCCUGUUUUACACAAAUCUCGGACAGCAUGUGCCGUGGUCAGCUGACAGGAGUUGUAUGUACCAAGGCCUUGUGCUGUGCCACUAUAGGCAAGGCCUGGGGAAAACCCUGUGAGCAGUGCCCUGUGCGUGCUCAGCCUUGCCGUAGAGGAUACAUUCCUAAUUUACAGGCUCAGAACUGUCAAGAUGUCGAUGAGUGUGCUGCCAUACCUGGGCUGUGUGUAGGAGGAAGUUGUGUGAAUACUCUAGGAUCCUACAGGUGUGAAUGUAAGGCCGGACAGAGUCAGAAUCCCAUCACCCAGGUGUGUGAGGAUAUAAACGAGUGUGAAACCAUUCCAAACACAUGUGAAAAUGGGAAAUGUACCAAUACGGAAGGAAGCUAUUUCUGUGUGUGUGAUCCUGGGUAUGAAACCAAUGCUGACCGUACACAGUGUGUAGUUGUGAAGAGGAAGACCUGCUUCAGUCGUAUUUCCCAGGGAAUCUGUGCGGAACCCAUGGGGAUCCUUCUGUCCCUGCGUGACUGCUGCUGUGAGAUGGGGAAAGGCUGGGGGAAUUCGUCCAUUUGUCAACUAUGUCCAGAGAAAAACUCAGAUGAUCACAGAGAAUUAUGUGUAGCCUCCGAUUUGAAGCGGAAUGAGUGUGGUCUAUUUCCCACAUUGUGUACCAACGCUCGAUGUAUCAACACGUUGCAGGCCUAUCGUUGUGAAUGCUUUGCAGGAUUCAAACCUACAGAUGACCCAGAUGUCUGUAUUGACAUUAACGAAUGUCAAGAGGACCGCCGACUUUGCCGGAAUGGACUCUGUGUAAACACUGAAGGAAGCUUCAGGUGUGAAUGCAAUUUGGGCUAUACUUUGUCUACCGAUGGUCGCUACUGUACAGAUAUGAACGAGUGUGAUACAAGUGGAAUGUGUCCCCACGGACGCUGUGUUAACAUGAACGGAGGAUAUAAAUGUGAAUGUGACACAGGAUACAGACAGUCUACCAACCAACAGAUCUGUUACGACAUAAAUGAAUGUACAGAGAAUGGGAAGCUGUGUACCAAUGGUAUGUGCGAGAACAGCGAGGGGUCGUUUAGAUGUGUGUGUAACCCGGGCUAUCAGCUGUCACCAGAUGGAGCCUAUUGUCUAGAUUAUAAUGAGUGUGCCACUACUAGGAUGUGUACCCAUGGUCGCUGUAUCAAUAUGAAUGGAGGCUACAAGUGUAUCUGUAACAUCGGCUUUAUGUCCACUCCUGACAACCGAGCCUGUAUAGAUAUCAAUGAGUGUAAAGCCAGAGAGUCGCCGUGCAUCAAUGGAAUCUGUAUCAACAACCAGGGCAGCUUCAGGUGUGAAUGUCCCCCUAACUUCCACAUGGGACCAGAGGGCAGGACAUGUAUAGACAAUAGGCGUGACCAAUGUUACCGCGAGUACAGGAGUGGUCGGUGUUCCAGUGCUCUAGCCACGCUUAUGUCCAAGGCUAUGUGUUGUUGUAUGGACACGGGUGGUAUAAACAUUCUCAAGGGCUGGGGUCAGAGAUGUGAGCCAUGCCCCACCCCAGGGGAUAGGGGCUACAGUGACUUGUGCCGGGAUAUAGGACGGACACCUGAGGGGGACAUAAACGAGUGCCGGUUGAAUCCUUACAUUUGUGAAAAUGGAGCGUGUGAGAACAGAGAUGGCAGCUACAGAUGUUUAUGUAACCCUGGGUUUGAAUCUGACUCAACUGGGAAGUUAUGUACAGAUAUUAAUGAGUGUGUGAAGUACCCGAACUAUUGUGAUGGAGGGCAGUGCCGUAAUACAUUGGGAAGCUACCAUUGUACCUGUCCAGCUGGAUACAGGUUUAACGAGAGAACUUCUAGUUGUGAAGACCAGAACGAGUGUGAAACUAACCCCUGUACUGAUGCAGUCUGUAUCAACACACCGGGCAGUUUCCGAUGUGACUGUCAUGAGCCGGGCGCCUCCCUGGACUCAACAGGCAGGAUCUGUGUUGACAACAGAAAGGGAGCCUGUUGGCUGGAGAUUCGUAACGGGAUGUGUGAGAACAAUAUGAAGACACUAGUCACGAAGGCCGAGUGUUGUGGAAGUAUAGGGAAGGCUUGGGGCAGUCCUUGUGAGACCUGUCCGCCGUUGUCCCAAUUGAAGUGCCCUCCUGGCUAUGCACCAAAGAGCGGAGUUUGUAUAGAUAUUAAUGAGUGUGAGCUGUACUCGAACCUGUGUCAGGGUGGAGGAGAGUGUGUCAACACUCCAGGAUCUUUUACCUGUAACUGUCCUCCAGGUCUCAGUCUGGAUUCCACAGGACGAACCUGUGUUGAUAUGAGAGAGUCUACCUGCUACCUGGGAUUCUCCAGAGGUGUCUGUACUAAACCUCUGUCAGGCCUAUAUCUCAAAGCCGAUUGUUGCUGCUCCCUGGGUAGAGGCUGGGGAAGUACUUGUGCUGCAUGUCCAGCUCGUGACUCAGCGGAGUACCAGUCUCUAUGUUCCAUUGAGGGAGGUCGACUGAAAGACAUCAAUGAGUGUAUGAUGUACCCCGGGAUCUGCAGUAAUGGUGUCUGUCAAAACACAUUUGGUAGUUUUGUAUGUUCCUGUAACCAAGGAUUUGCUCUCGACAACACUGGCUUUAACUGCACAGACAUUGACGAGUGCCGUAUCUCGUUUGGAGUGUGUGGUAAUGGUACUUGUCAGAACACCCCUGGAAUGUUCCGAUGUGUUUGUAACGAGGGUUUCAAGGGUGUCAUGAUGGAUCAAAUGUGUGUUGACAUUGAUGAGUGCGAUGAGCAGCCCGGCCUUUGUAGAGGGGGAUCCUGUGUCAACACUAUUGGUGGCCACUACUGCGAGUGUCCGGAGGGUCAUGUCCUGUCACAUGAUGGCCAGUCAUGUACUGAUGUGGACGAGUGCUCAGAGAGCCAGAGUAUAUGCAACAAUGGGAUUUGUGAAAACUUCCUGGGCGGCUAUCAUUGUCGUUGUUUUGAGGGCUACGUAGCCUCCCGAGAUCAUACUACUUGUAUAGAUGACAACGAGUGUGCGAACAGAAAUGGUGGAUGUUCAUCAUUGUGUGUGAACACCCCGGGCUCAUUUGUAUGUGGGUGUGACCCAGGCUUCGUGCUGCUUCCCGAUCAGAGGUCCUGUGGCGACGUCAAUGAAUGUAAAGAGGAGAGUGACAUCUGUAAUGGUGGGAAAUGUACCAACCUUCCUGGGAGUUACCGGUGUACCUGUACAGGCGGCUUGACUCCUUCUGUAGAUGGGAAAAUGUGUAUAGAUGUGGACGAAUGCUUGGCUAACAGGAAUCUCUGUCUGAACGGGCAGUGUCAAAAUAAUCAUGGAUCAUAUGUGUGCAUCUGUGAAACCGGCUUCUCAGUCAAGACGGAGACAAGAAACCCCGGGUGUACAGAUAAUAAUGAGUGUGAGCUGGGCUCGGCUGGAUGUGACCCCCAUGCUGUCUGUAUCAACACCAUUGGCUCCUAUAAAUGUGACUGUAAGCCCGGUUACACUGGUGAUGGAUUUACAUGUAGAGAUGCUAAUGAAUGUACUCGUGACAAUGGUGGCUGUGACCUUGAUGCUACCUGUAUCAACGUUCCUGGCAGCUUCAAGUGUGUUUGUGACGAUGGCUUUUCUGGUGACGGCUUCCAGUGCAGGGAUGUGGACGAGUGUACUCUGGACUCGACGCUGUGUACACAUGGACAGUGCCUUAACUUCCCAGGUGGAUUCCGAUGUGACUGUGACAUGGGCUUUUCCCCAACAGUAGAUGAGAAGGCUUGUGUAGACAUUAAUGAGUGUGACACCUUCCAUAACCUGUGUGUUAAUGGCGAAUGUGAGAACAUGAUUGGCUUGUUCCGGUGUAACUGUAACCAAGGCUUUAGGCUGGACGAUUCAGGUGGAAACUGUACAGAUAUAAACGAGUGUACCAAUCCUGACAACUGUCUGUACGGGACCUGUGUGAACACCCAAGGGGGCUAUAUCUGUCGGUGUCCAGCAGGCUAUGAGACCAACCCAACAGGAACAGGCUGUAUCGAUAAGCGUCUUGGCACCUGCUACAUGACAGUUCCUCAGAAUCGACAAUAUGGCCGCUGUAGUGACGUGAUUACCCUGGACACGUACCGUGCCACAUGUUGUUGUAGUGUGGGACAGGGAUGGGGGGAGGAUCCUGGCUUCUGUGAGCGCUGCCCUGUCAAUGGUACAAGUGAAUAUAAGACGUUGUGUCCGGGUGGACCUGGCUUCAAACCAUCCAUCGAUUUGAUCCUCGAAGAUAUUGAUGAGUGUGAAGAACUCCAGAAUAUCUGUAAGGGUGGAGAGUGUCAAAACACCUUUGGCAGUUUCAUCUGUGUGUGUCCCACUGGGUACCGACUGUAUGACCACCAGUGUAUAGAUAUAAAUGAGUGUGUUGAAGACAGCACCCUAUGUGGAGAGGGAACUUGUAUGAACACCGAGGGAAGCUACAGGUGUGUGUGUCCUAAUGGUUAUAUACCUAUGGAAGGUGACGUGGACUGUAUGGACAUGAGAAAGGGUGAUUGUUUCCCGACCUACUACACCACCACUCAGCCUCCAUUCACCAUAGUUUGUGAGAAUCCUAUCGCAUUCAACAUAACCAGGGUCGACUGUUGUUGUACUACCAUCGGUCAGGCGUGGGGUCAACCUUGCGAGGCGUGUCCUGCCAAACGCUCAGCUGCUUAUGCUGAUCUGUGUGAACCAGAGAGGAUUGGAGAGGGCAUCAAUGAAUGUGAGAAAUUCCAAGGGAUUUGUGAAAAUGGCCGCUGUAUAGAUACGUUACAAAGCUUCAGAUGUGAAUGUUUUGAUGGCUACGAGUAUAACCCAACAUCAUACAAGUGUGAAGACAUUGAUGAGUGUCGUUUGACGGGAGAGUCACCCUGUAAGGGAUAUGCCCAGUGUAUCAAUACCCCAGGCAGCUUUACCUGUCAAUGUCCGCCAGGCUACAAACUCUCUCCUGGAGGACGCCGCUGUCUUGAUGUUAAUGAGUGUGAGGAGUUGGCUGGUGUGUGUAUCAAUGGUGAAUGUGACAACCUAGAUGGCAGCUUCAGAUGUUCCUGUUUCCCAGGCUUCCGUCUCAAUACAAACAGAGAUGCGUGUAUCGACAGAAAUGAAUGUACAGCGAGACCAGGGCGCUGUAGGAAUGGGACGUGUGAAAAUCUUAUUGGAGGUUUCCGUUGUCAUUGUUCUCCUGGGUUCAUCGUUUCCAACAACCAAGAAUGUCAAGAUGUGAAUGAAUGUCUGGACCAGAUCGGUUUGUGUCAAAAUGGCCGCUGUGUCAACACAUUGGGUAGCUUCACUUGUGCAUGUCCUCAGGGCUUCCAAAUAACUAGAGAUGGCAUGGACUGUCGAGAUAUUGAUGAAUGUGUGGAGAGAGACAACAUUUGUCUGGCUGGGAGCUGUGUUAACAGUGAGGGAUCCUACAAAUGUAUCUGUAAUGAAGGCUACAUGCUACAACAGUUAGAUAAUAAUCAGUUCUGUAUCGAUGUGAAUGAGUGCGAGACUAUCCCGGGUGUGUGUGCUAAUGGCCAAUGUGAGAAUAUUGACGGAGGAUAUCGCUGUCAGUGUCCGCCAAACACCCUUCUCACCGACGAUGGCAUGAUGUGUCUGGAUGUCAGAGAAGGAAAUUGCUUUGGACGGUUUCAGGAUGGUCUUUGUCUUGAGGCCUUCACUCGGAACAUGACCAAGGCUAUGUGCUGUUGUACAGUGGGGCAGGCCUGGGGAAACACCAACCUGUGUGAGGUGUGUCCUCAGAGGGGUGAAGCCAGCUUUGAUGCGCUAUGUCCUGACACUGGAGUUAUCACAAGUCCUGACGGUGGAACUAUGGAUGUUAAUGAAUGUAUGAUGAUUCCUGGUCUGUGUGAGAAUGGACAGUGUGUAAAUACAGAUGGCUCGUUCCGUUGUGAAUGCGGUCAAGGCUUUAUCUUGGAUGACACCGGCCGACGAUGUGUGGAUAAUAACGAGUGUUUGGCUGGUAACAUCUGUGGCAACGGAACGUGUACCAAUGUAGAGGGAGGAUUCCAAUGUAACUGUGCCAAUGGUUUUAUGCCAGGAAUGGACAAUACGUGUGAAGAUGUCGAUGAAUGCCAGACUGACCAGAAUAACUGUGCUUUCCGCUGUGUUAACAUUCCCGGCUCCUUCAGAUGUAUCUGUCCUAAAGGAUAUAACCUGGCACCGGACGGAAUCCACUGUCAAGAUGUGGACGAGUGUGUGAUGGGAAACCACCAGUGUCGGUACGCCUGUAAGAACCUCGUCGGGACCUUCAUGUGUGUCUGUCCCGAGGGCUACAGGGAAGUAGGUCACAAUGACUGUAGAGACAUUGAUGAGUGCACCACAAUCCCAGGCGUUUGUAGAAAUGGCCGCUGUAUCAAUACUAUCGGAGGUUACAGAUGUCGCUGUCAUCCUGGCUUCUCCACUAGUCUGGAUGGCAAGGAAUGUCGGGAUACGAGGGAGGAUUACUGCUUCUUUGAAUUGACUGGAGGUCGAUGUAGGAUCGGACCGACCAUCAGGAGAACCACACAGGUGGAGUGCUGCUGUACUGGUGCUGCCGCCUGGGGUCGGGGCUGUGACAGAUGUCCUCGUGUCAACUCCCGACAAUUUAGAAAGCUGUGUCCGGAUGGAAUCGGCACCAGACCUGGAGGAGAAGAUAUAAACGAGUGUUUACUGUUUCCGGGAAAAUGUAAGAACGGUCAGUGUAUCAACAAGCCAGGAUCUUACGGAUGUGUGUGUGACCGCGGCUACAAGACUGACCAAAUGGGCACGAGUUGUAUAGAUGUAAAUGAGUGUGAAGACCAGCGUUCACCAUGCGAGUUCACCUGCCUGAACCUUGUUGGGAGCUACAAGUGUACCUGUCCUCCCGGCUAUGUCCUCAACAUGGACGGCAAGACCUGCCGAGAUCUGGAUGAGUGUGCCACUAUGCAGCAUAAUUGUCAAUACCAAUGUAUCAACACAGUGGGAAGCUUUCAGUGCGGCUGUGCCAAAGGAUUCCGUCGUGGCAUCAACAACAGAUGCGUGGAUAUUAAUGAGUGUGAGGAGCAGCCACAGCUGUGUGGUCCUAAGGGAACCUGUAACAACACACCUGGCAGCUUCAGGUGUGUCUGUCUCCGAGGGUACACUGUGGAUGAGACGGGCACUAACUGUGUGGACAUUGAUGAGUGUGCGAACGGGAAGUGUACUGACGGCUGUGAGAACACCCCUGGUGCCUACCGUUGUCAGUGUCCCCCGGGCUACACUCUCCACCCCAACAUUGACCAGUGUAUAGAUGACAAUGAGUGUAACAACCAGGGGAUGUGUGGGGAGGCCGAGUGUAGUAAUGAAGAGGGAAGCUACAUUUGUUUCUGUCCACCGGGACUCGAGUUUGACCCCAAUAUAAUGGCUUGUAUUGAUCUAAAUGUGUGCAAUAGUCAUCCCUGUCUGUUUGGCUGUUCACCCAACGGAGUGACAUUUGUCUGUGGCUGUCCGACCGGCUAUCAGAGCAUUGGACAGGGGCAUUGUGUGUCCACCAUCACACCACCCGAGGGUGACCUAAAUGAAAUCUACCCCAACGGUAAUAUUCCCCACGUCCCAGCCCCCACAGACGGGUCGGUGCCCCACGGAGAGGGCUGCUAUGAAUGUGACAUUGAGGACCAGGACCUACCCCUCACCAAGCGCAGUAAGAGGGCUGCUGGCCCUCACAACCACAAGAUAUCCAAAAUUGGUAAGAACAGAAGCCAGGAACAUCAGAGUUCAAACAAUGCCUCGAGGUCAAACAAGAGUGUCCUUGACCCAGACAAGCCAAUUGUGCUGUAUCUCAACCGGUCAAGUAUUCGACGUAAGACGAAGGUGAUGAAGGUACUACCAGCUCUGACAGCACUCAAGAACAAUAUCAGAUACUCUAUUGCACGUGGCAACGAGCGACAAAUCUUCACCAUGCAUGAACGGAAAGGCAUUAGUUCUUUACGAUUCCGGAGGAAACUUCAUAAAUCUAAGGUGUAUCGUCUUCGCAUUGCAGGGCGACCAAUUCACAAGAAAACUGAAAUUGCCGGUAAAAAUGUAAACCUUAAGAAAAUAGCUAUUCGACUAGAUAUCCACCUUGUAUGAGACUACUGAUGUUUAAGACUGAUAUUAUUAUUGAUUCUCUUCAGUCGGCCAUUUAACGCAGAACGGACAUUGGAAAGGGGAGAUAAGUCUGCAAUGAUGUGGAUAUUAUGUAUGCUUGGCCAAGAUUUACCGGUAUGUAGUUUGUAUCACAGACUGCCAGGAAUCGCCCCACAACACUAGGGGGCUGUCCACCACUCCCCUACAGAUAGGGAGUGAUCAAUAUUUAAGUUUAUACUAGUGAGGUGCUAUGUGUAUGGUAUUGUGAGUAUCAUUAAGGUAGAAGUUGUAUGGUAAGGUCAUGAAUAGAAAAUUUGAGAGCAAAUUCAAUGUGUUGCAUGCUUUCAGGAUAAAAAAAUACAAUGAAAUUAAUCACUACAAGUUAUGAUACUUACAUGUCUAACUUUUUAAUGAAAAAUAAUUUUUUUUAAAAGAUAAAAAAAUGUAAGACUACUUGAAGGUUAUUCUCAAAAAAAGCAAUUUUGAAUAUUCUGACUGAAAUCUUUUUUAACAUUCCCAUAAAGAUAAAUGGCAUUUUAUAUUAUCUUCUUUUUACUCUUUCUAAUUGCAAACUUUAAUUUCAGAUCAUUAAAUGAGGAUUAAGCUGUUAAAAAUCAUUAGUAUGAAUAUUAUUGGAAGUGUAUUCAUAAGCUGAAGCUUCUUUCUGUCCAUUCUGCAGAGAUGAAAAUCUUCAGCCAGUUGACUGAUUUCAGCCUUGCUUUUCUUAAGAUUUUCCAUUUUCACUCUUCAGCCAGGCAGCUGAUUUCAGCCUUUCUUAAAAUUUCCAUUUUCAUCUCUGAUUCUGUCAACUUCUUAAAAAGGCACUUCGCUAUGUGACCAAAUUUGUGAAACUUGUUUUGAAGUUUUAAAUUAUCACAGGCCUUUAUUAAAGUUCGGAUUGCUGGAAUUUACUUGAAUUAGUGCAUAUCACGACAUUUGGGAAACUGGCUAAACAUACAUCAAAAUGGGUGAUUGUUUUCUCUACUUUCUGUUUGGUUUAAAGCUGCAGGGCUUACAUUGUUUGUUUGUCCCUUUGUCUUUUGUCUUUUGUUGGAGUUAACAAUAUAAAAUGUAUAUUUCAAGAUAACAAUAAAAUUAUAUUUGAGCCAUUCAAGUCCACAAGCCCUGUUGUAUUUAAUCUCAGAAUCUCCCAUACAUCAUAUUGUAUCUUACAAUAUUGUAUACUCAGCUUUUGUCAUGAUAUUGAGAACACCUUUAUAGAACCAGCUUUUAAUUAAGUGUUAUGUAAUUGUAUUGAUUGAUGAAUUUUGUGCAUGAACUGUCAUAGCUUUGUCAUAAGGAUGUACCAUCAAAUAUGAUAACCUAUGUAUGAUAUAGAGUGUGUGUGAAGUAGAGAAAUGAUGUAAAAUCUCAUUGUUUUACAUAACAGAUGUUUUUUUUAGGUAGACUACUGGUGUUUGUCACCACUUUAUAUAACCCUGAAUGUAUAGAUGAUAUAUAUAGUGCUAAUAUAUGUGGUACAACUAGGGAAUGAGAGUGCUGGUACAUGUAUGAGAGGUGUUGGCUGUUUGAAUGCGAAUAAAAACCUUAAACAGUCGCAUUUCAGUGUUAAAACACUGCUCGUUAAUCUCAGUGCUGUCAGGUCAAAAACUAAUUUGGCCAUUUACCUGGAAAUAAGUGAUGAUAUGAUGAAAAAGACUGAAAACACCUGAUAUUGAUUACAUUUAAAAUCUAUUUAUGUCUUCUAAAUGACUUUUAGGAAGCUGAAAUAAUUACAAUAAUUCAUAAACACAAUAUAGAUUACAAAGAAGUUUUUAUUUUGAUGUUAUAUCCAUGCAAUAUGGUAUUGAUUAUAUACCAUUUUGUUUGAUGUCUUUCUAGAGCAUUCUUUUAGCCUUGACCUUGAAGGGCGCUGACACUGUAAUCUAACAUAAAAACGAACAAGCUCUGUUAUAGAACAAAAAUGUUUAAAACAUCAGGUAUUCUCACUAGACCAAAUGAUUAAUCUGUGCUGUGACAUUCAAGGUCUUCAGCAUUAUUCCUUUGCCACGGUAUCUUAAUUUGACUGGUUAAAAACACGCCGAAUUUUACUCCUAUCCCCGUCUAGCAGCUAUAUAUGAAGGUCUGAUUAAUGGUAUAUCUCAUAUGUGACACGUAUACAAAUGUAAUUCCAACUGACAAUGUGUGGGGGAUGUGAGCGGUGAAAUUGGCAGCUUAUAACAUAUAUAUAUAACGUUUGUACAAGAUUAACGUUUCACAAUAAAUGAGUGCGCUGUUUUCUGCCUAACAAAAGUUUCUCACAAAAUUUUAACUUAGCUGUAUGAUUUUCCUUAUUUUUGAAAAAAUCAAGUCACCUUUAUAUCCUGAGACUUUGAAGCUUUGUAAUAAGAUAGAUACAACGUUCGACAAAGUUUGAUACAAAAUUUGAUAAAAAGUUUGGUACUACUAAAGCAAAGAUGACGUGGAGUCUAUCGUACUCUCUACAAAAAAUGUGCCUGGGUACUUCCGCUGUCAGGGAGACGAUUUGUAAACUAUACAGACUUUUAACUAAUAAACAUGAUACUGGA